AAACCUAAAACAAACAAACCCAAAAAUCUCUAUGCAUUCAACAUAACAGAAAACAACCAAUUUUCUCUCUUCCUUCUCUGAUUUUUGCUUGUUUUAUGAAAAGAAAUCAAAUGGGAGAUCAUUAUGAGAAGAAAGCAAUAGGUGGAGGAGGGUGGGAACAAACAACACCCAGAAGGAAUAACUCAUCAUCUUACUUCAAUAUUGGUGGUAUUAGAAAUCUAACAACAUGGUUUUUCAUUGUCUGCUCAUUGAGUUAUAUUCUUUAUUCAUCUAAUCUUCUUCUUACUAAUGAACAACAAGGUUGUGUUUACACAACUAGCACCAUCUCAUCAUCAACUGAUGUUGCAGCAGCAGUUGUUGAUGAUGACCCGACAACAACCCUUUCUUCUUCUUUCACCAACUCUUCCUCAUCCGAUUCUCUUGUAUCUCUCAAGCAAGAUGUAGAAGAAGAAGACCGAGAUAAAACUCGGUUAAUGCAGACCAGUAGUAUAGCUCGUUUUGAUGAUACAGAGCUAAAACAUGUAUUCUUUUGCAUUGCUGCAUCAUCAAAGUUAUGGGAACAAAGAAAAGAAUAUAUAAAACAGUGGUGGAGGCCUAGAGUUACAAGAGGAAUUGUUUGGUUAGACAAAAGAGUUAGAACUAGAAGAAAUGAGAAUUUACCAGAGAUUCGGAUAUCUGGAGACACGAGGCGAUUUCGGUACUCGAACAGGCAAGGUUCAAGAUCAGCUCUUAGGAUAUCAAGAGUUGUGUCAGAGACACUGAGGUUAGGUUUGAAAGAUGUUAGAUGGUUUGUGAUGGGGGAUGAUGAUACUGUGUUUUUUGUUGACAAUGUUGUCGGAGUGCUUUCGAAAUAUGAUCAUAGGCAGUAUUACUACAUUGGGAGUUCUUCUGAAAGCCAUGUUCAGAAUAUUUUCUUUUCAUAUUCAAUGGCUUAUGGUGGAGGUGGGUUUGCUAUUAGUUAUCCUUUAGCAGUUGCGCUAGAGAAGAUACAGGAUCGGUGUAUGAACCGGUAUCCUGGGUUGUAUGGUAGUGAUGACAGGAUCCAGGCUUGCAUGGCUGAGCUCGGUGUGCCCCUCACCAAAGAGACUGGCUUUCAUCAGUAUGAUGUGUAUGGAGACCUAUUGGGUUUAUUGGCUGCUCAUCCCGUUGCUCCACUUGUUUCGCUGCACCAUCUAGAUGUGGUUGAUCCUAUAUUCCCUAAAAUGAAAAGAGCUAAAGCUGUAGAACAUCUUUUUGAAGGCACGCAGUUUGAUUCAUCGAGUAUAAUGCAACAAUCAAUCUGUUACUCCAAGAAACACGCAUGGUCAAUUUCGGUUUCUUGGGGAUAUGUUGUUCAGAUACUGAGAGGUGUAAUGUCACCAAGAGAACUCGAAAUGCCAACAAGAACGUUUCUGAAUUGGUACAAAAGAGCUGAUUACACUGCAUAUGCAUUCAAUACUAGACCUGUAACUAAACAUCCAUGUCAGAAACCUUUCAUUUACUAUAUGAGUACUGUUCGAUACGACAGAGCUAAGAAACAAACUAUUAGCGUUUACAUUCGAAGAAAAGAGCCACACCCGUAUUGCAGGUGGAAAAUGGAGUCUCCAGAGAAAAUCGAUUCAAUUGUUGUCAUCAAAAAACCAGAUCCACUUCGUUGGCGGAGAUCGCCGAGAAGAGAUUGCUGUAGAGUUCUGCCUAUGAGUAAAAAUAAGAGCUCGACAAUGUACAUAGCUGUGGAGCAGUGCCGGCCAGGAGAAAUUAGUGAGUUUUAGCAAAAGAAAAACAGGAACAGAUUUUUGAAACACUGAACUAUGUUAACUGAAUCUAAAUCGAAAACUCGGGUUUGUUCACAUUGUUAUUGUCAGAAAACCCAAUUGUCAGAUUUGGAAAAAAGGUUCUCACAGCACAAUGAAAUGUUCGAUUUAGCACUACUAUUUCCUUACUAACACAAUGCUGAAAUUUCAAUUCUGAAUGAAUAGCAAUCAAAGGAACAAACAGAUUACCGAGGUUCGUUA